CUUCCAAAGACAUCGAAGGGCGGACAGUGGCUACUUGAACGAAAACGAGGGGAGGUUGCUGAAGAACCGGCUGGGCUGUUGUAGGGUACUCAACAUGCUAUAACACAAAUGCUGUUGAACGCGGGUCCUAAACAACCGUCUUUACCUCUGGAGCGGCAGUAGUUGGCGGCCACGCCCAGUACUCGCCGACCGGAGCCCGUACAAAACUGCUGGCGGAUCCGCAGCGGCGAGCGGUUUGAGAGCCAGGAGGGAGGCUAGCGGGCUCAUAGCGGAGAGGAAACAGGAGUGUUAGCUGUUUUGGGAAUCAUGAGAGAGUACAAAGUAGUGGUUCUCGGGUCCGGAGGGGUCGGCAAAUCCGCAUUAACCGUUCAGUUUGUGACGGGAUCUUUCAUAGAGAAAUACGACCCCACGAUAGAGGAUUUCUACAGGAAGGAGAUCGAGGUAGACUCCUCUCCGUCCGUCUUGGAGAUCCUGGACACGGCGGGGACCGAGCAGUUCGCCUCCAUGCGAGACCUGUACAUCAAAAACGGGCAGGGUUUCAUCCUGGUCUACAGCCUGGUGAACCAGCAGAGUUUCCAGGAUAUCAAACCCAUGAGAGAUCAGAUCAUUCGGGUGAAAAGGUACGAGAGAGUGCCGAUGAUUCUGGUUGGAAAUAAAGUGGAUCUGGAGGGGGAAAGGGAGGUGUCGUCCGGUGAAGGGAAGGCACUGGCGGACGACUGGAACUGCCCGUUCAUGGAAACUUCAGCCAAAAACAAAAGCUCUGUGGACGAGCUGUUCGCAGAGAUAGUACGACAGAUGAACUAUGCCUCAACACCGAAUGGCGACGACCAGUGUUGUUCGUCUUGUGUCAUUCUUUAAGAAAAAAAAAAGAACAACCAUAAAGUUUUAUUCUUUGCGCAAUGUGUGCUGCAGCAAGUGUGUACUGUUGAGCUCUUCUUCGUGUCUCACCCUGGCCUUGGAGGAAAGUGAAGGGAGGAAUGCUGCAGGGGGGACCAGAGGAGGAGGAGGGGGUCAACUGAGACAGAGGGAGGGGUCUGCUCUUCAGGAAUUCUGCUGGGUUGGAGUAUCUUCGCUGCACGAUCAGUGUCUACCGUUGAUGUGGACUCAGUGUCAUAUCCAGAGUUUCAGCAACACUCCCCUCACAGGAUCCUGACUGUAGCCCAAAUGGAAACUAAACCCCAAUGGAACAGAUAUGGAGAGCAACACUUAGAGACAGUCAUUAACGGAUACUUCUGUAUAAGACAAAGAUGGAGAGAGAGAGAGAGAGAGUAUAUUUUGUUAAUAAACUGCACAGUCUGGGGCAGGUGAAGAUUUGGGUGAUGUCUCUGCCUGACCCACUUUUCCAAAGUCAAAAGAAUUUGACACCACUUAUCUGCUGGUGGAGUUAAUGUGACGAGUGCCACUUUUUUUUUUCUUUGUCUCCUCUUCGGUGUGUGAGAGGACCUUAACUGAAGUGACACAGGGAUAGUGACCCAAUCACCCCUGUGUCGAGUGCCUUUCCAAAACUAAUCAGCUGUUCAGAUUUAGUGCCAACAUUCAUGUAUCACCAAAAGAACCCUUCAACAUGGCAGUCCAAAAACGAGUGAACUGUUCUUCUGGAUAAUCUCAUAAGCUGAGGGGAAAAAAAAACAAAAACCCUGCACUAGGCUUUUUGUUAAUGGAAUGGCAGUUUUCUUUGUGUUUUACAUUGGCCUGUUUGAAGUCUAAGGUGAUUCUUUUUUUUUUUUUGCAACAUUUGCUUGGUCUGGCCAAAUCUUUAUCUUGAAAUGCACAGGUACUAGAACCCCCUAGUCAUAAUAACACCAAACGCUUACCCGCUAGACAUCUUAAUUCAAAGGAUGUGUUUGUUCUCUUUAUUUUGUUGUUUUUAACAGGAAAUGUGAUGAUGUACCGUUGACAGAUCUAACCUGAUUGUAUGUUAAUUUCAGACCAGCCUUUUGAUAGUGGGCUGUCUGUUUUUAAAAACAAGACUUUUAAUACAAACUGCAUUUUUUUAAAAAAGAAACCA